CACUGGCUUUACCAGACCACACACAACUACUCUUGCAUCUGCUCAUAAUUGUUAUUAUAUCCAUAUUCUCUUAGCUCAUUCUAGCACUUUCUGGCCGCUUCGUGUCCAGAGAGCAAGAAUUGGAGAAUCCCCCCAAAAUCAACUCUCGUGGAUCCUCUCGUUGUCGGAUCCUCUACGACGAACAACCACCGUGUUCGCCUUCGCAACGCUCAAAUGCCCGUACAGUCAAGACACGCUCAACCCCUCUCCUCUCCUCGACCGAAGCCCGUACCGCGGUGACGGUCUUACUCCAUCUAUUUGGUUGUUUUAGAGUCGUUUUGAUAUCCUGUACAAUAUAAGCGGGUGUUUGUUUUUUCGUUCCCUUGCGUUUGCGUUUCCUGGGUUCUUUGACGUCCCAUCUCCUGACACUCUGAUAUCCGUGAGCAUUUGAUCUGCCAACCAUCACAUACAGCAGAUCGUCCAUGGUCUCGACACAUUAAGAAUAAUGUAUCACUACUCCAGCCCACCUCGCGGGUGGCCUGCAUACGACUACACCACUUCUCCUCCGGCGUCGCCUCAAUAUAACCCCAACAACCCUUUCUAUGCCUCGCCCCAUGCAAAUGCCUCUCCUCGCGGCUCGGCCAAGCGACAUGCUCGUAAAACCAGUUAUGCAUCCCCCAGGGAGUCUGGAUGGUACUCGGCAUACGCCACCAACUACGACACGGUGCCUGAAUAUGCGUCCCCGCGCAAGCACGACAAUGUAAGUGCGUUUUUUGAAAAGAAAAAGAGGAAGCACCGCGCGUCCAUGCCGGGUGACAUGCCUGCCUAUGGGUUUCGUUUUGGUUACGAUUACGUCCGUCCCUCGCGUACGCCGAAACGACCUAUCAUUAUUGAUGUGGUUGACGACGCAGACGAUGAGCCGGCCUACAUCUACCGCGAGCCACAAAGCGUCCGCUUUGAGCGAUAUGCCUCUGCCGUUCCACGCAAGCCGAGGCCGACGACUGAUCAUUCUUCUUUCUUUUCUCAGGUUCCCCCCAUCUACGAAGAAGAUGUCAAGCGAUCCCGUGCUCGUCGUGCCUCCACUUCCACUCGAACUUCGCCACCCAAGCCCAAGAUGACCACGCCACCCAAAGCAGCACGCAAGGCGACCGAAGAAGACGCCGAGGCCGCUGGCAUUCCCACAGGCUACUCCAUCAAAAACUGGGAUCCGACCGAGGCUCCAAUCCUGCUGCUCGGAAGUGUCUUUGACGCCAACUCGUUGGGAAAGUGGAUCUACGACUGGACCGUCUACUAUCACGGAGCCUCGACUCCAAUGGCCGACGUCGCCGGCGAACUGUGGCUGUUGUUGAUCAAGCUCGCUGGUAAAGUCAAGCGCGCGGACGAAUGCCUCGAUCGGGUUCGCCGCUCCGAGUCUCGCGAACUGCUAAACGACUUUCUUGACAGUGGCGACCGUCUGUGGACGCGGUUCAAGGUUUUGCUCAAGGACUGCGAGCACUUUAUGUGGAAGGCGGCUAAGCGCGAAAGCGGCCGCGGCGUGCCCGUUUCGAUGGGACGCAACGCGGGCUGCGAAUUCGUUGCGUCCAUCUUUGGACGUGACCGGAAGCUCCAAGAUACCGAAAAGCUCAUGAACAGUAUCCGACUGUGGGAUAUGCGGUUCGACGCAAACUGCGAGACGAUAUUACGCCCGUCGCGCACGUCGAGCCGCCGUCAGUCGACCGUUUGAUUUAUGUUUCUUAGAUCAAAAGUGAUUUACUAUACCACUUUGUUUAAUUUCGAUGCAUCGAUACACCGGGGCCGGCUUCAUUGCAUUGCAUUUGCGGGUCGAUUUAUCACUACAUCGUUUUGACUGCAUUUGAGUUGUCUUUGAUUUGCCCUAGCAUUUGUGUCAUUUUCUCAUUUCUCUACAUUUCCUUUGUCCAGCCAUUUCCUUGGCGUUAGUAUUUCGUUUUCGUUUCUAGAGAUACCCAUCUCAUUUAUACGGAGUUCAUCCUGCGAUGAUACCCCUGUUGUUUAUUUCUAUACACUGAUACAAUGUAAUCGAAUUACACCUUGUUCCA